CAUCAACAUUUGCCCACCAUUCCACAACUGCAACAACAGCAGCAACAACACAUAACACCUGUGAUUAUGGAGGUAACGGCGCAUGUGAAUCUCGUGGACGAUGACGAUGAAAAGGAUCCGCUCGCCUUCGAUGCCGCAGCACAGCAAACGGCGGCCAUUGAGCUACAGCAGCUCCAUCAGCAUCAGCAGCAACAACAACAGCAGCAACUGUCACCCAAUAAGCAGCACACACAUAGUCUGAGGCGCCACCUGCCACGCAUCAUUAUGAAACCCAUACCACCUGAGAAGAAACCAACGCCCAGUGACGAUGCGUUGCAUAACGCGGCAGCAGCUGCACUGACGCCAGCGCCAGCGUUGCACGUGCUACCAACACCCACAACUGCCUCCGCCGCCGCUCCCACACCUGCUGCUGCUGCAAUGCCCGUUGUGCGCGGCAUCAGCAGUCGACGCAUACAACAGCAGCAGCAGGCGAAAGCAGCAGCAGCAGCAGCAGCAGCGGAGGCAGCAGCAGCAGCUGCUGCCAAUGCCACAGGUUCUGCGACCGCUGCUGGAGCUGGUGCUGGCUGCUCGCCGGGCGCCACAAAAGCCGCCAGCCAAACGACAAUGAUGCGCGAGGUGCUGGCCUCGAUACCGGGCUUCAGCGUGAAGCCACGGCGUCGCAGCAAUAAGAAGCUAACGACUGCCGCCCAAAUCGAACAGACAAAGGAUGGCAAAAUCGAUUUGGAAACGCCCGAUUCGAUAUUGGCCUCAACGAAUCUGCGGGCGUUGCUCAAUAAGCAAACGUUCUCGCUGCUGCCGCCACUCUAUCAGCACAAUCUCAUCCAGCUAUUGCCGAGCGUCGAUCGUGAGGCCAGCGAGUUGGUGGUGCAGCAGCAGCAGCAGCCAACAUUGCUGUUGGUCGAUCAGCAGCUCGAACAGCAGCCGAGCACAAGCAGUGGCAGCAAUAGCAUCUCUCAAGAAGCCAUUCGGCUGAGCGCUUCCUGCCUGAAUAAUGAGUUUUUUGCACGCGCCUGCCUGGAGUGGCGAGAACGUCUCAGCGAAGGCGAAUUCACGCCCGAGAAUCAAAUCAAACUGAAAACGGAAGCGGAACGUGAAAAGAACAAACUCGAUCCAUGGAAGCUGAAGCAUUUCGAGCCGUAUUGGGGCGAGAAGAAUGCGAAGCGUAAACCGCUCACAACAAACCCGCCACCCAGCAAACUGAUCAAGCUGGAGCCGACGACGAGGCCAGUACCAGCAGCACCUCCACCACCAACAAUAACACAGCAGCAGCAACUACAACAACAGCAACAACAAGCAACAUGUGAUAAUGAGACUGAACUGAAAUUUAAUAUGAGCACCAAGUGCGAAACGACAGCCACUACAACAACAACAACAACCAGCAGCUUGGACUUGGAUGCGACAACAACAGGAAAAACAACAGCAACUGCUGCAGCUGCUACAAUAAGCAGCAACGCUUUAACGGAGCAACAGCGACGCAUCCUCAAACGUCCGUCGAGCAGUCCGUCGCGACGCAAACGCAGCGAACCCGAAACAAUCGAUUUGGUAGCCAAUGAUGUCGAUGAGAAUGUGUUGCUGCCGGAUGAGUUGCCGACAACGUCGCGGGAGAGCAAGGAAAUAAAACAUGAAAUAACUGAGAUUGUUCCUAAUGCAGCCGAUGUUGUUGAUCAUGCUGCAGCGACAACGACAACAACAUCAUCCACAGCAGCAGCAGCAGGAGCAGCAACAGCAACACAAGCUUUAACAAACAACAACAACCAGCAGCAGCAGCAGCCACUUAUCAACAGUACCUGUGAUAAACUAGAGCCACCUGAUGCACCACAGACACUAACCACAAUAACAACAGCGGCUGCAGCAACAGCACCAACAACAACUCCAAUACAAAUGCCUGCGACAGCAGUCACAAUUGCUGUCGACAAUUUUGUGGAUUAUCUGCAGGAUGUUGAGCUUGUAGAAGAUACCAAAGCAACAACGGUUAAUGUGGCAGCAACAACAAGCGCUUCAACGACAACAUCUAGCCAUGACUUUGUAUUUGCCGAUACGAUCGAUCAUGCUUACUUCCACGAUCAUCAAGCAGCGAUCAGCCACGCCUACUACUCAUCAUCUUCAUCGCCCAAUUCAACCGCGACAAUCAUAAAACUGAACGAUCAUUGUGAUAAGCAGCAGCUGGAGGAUUCUGGUGGCAUGACGAUGACCAUGUCAACAAUGCCGGCAAUGGCGAGCAGCAGUUGCUCAUCGAACUCCUCAUCGCUGGCUACGACGACGCCAGCCAGUUCGCUGGCAUCGAGCAGCAGUUGUGCCUCCUCCUCGUUAUCCUCAUCGCUGUCGUCGUCCUGUUCCAGCAGCAACUCAUCGUCAACGGCAGCAGCAACCACAACGACAGCAGGAGCAGGCGGUGGCGGCGGCGGAGGAGGAGCAGGUGCGGCAUUGGUUAGCGCAGCGGAAACAACACUUGCCGAUAUGCAAGCAAUGCUCACCACAGUCGCAACUCUCCAGCAACAACAGCAGCAGCAACAGGAGCAACAACAACAGCAACAGUUGUCGCCCGCUGUUGAGUUGAAUUCGAGUGAAAUGUUUCAGCAUGUGCAACACGAUUGGAAUUUCGGUGGCAUUAAAUUGAUGUCAGCUGCUGCUCCUGCAGCGUCCAGCAAUGAGGCUAUCCAGCUAAUGGAUGUGGUGCAUGAGGCCGAGGAGGUCAUCGAUGACAUGGUCGAGUGUCAUCAGCUGCUCGAUGACAACGAUGUGCCCGACGACGAAGAAGAUGAGGACGAUGAUGUUGUCGACGUUGACGAGGUUGUCGAAUGCAUCGAUGCGGAUCAGGAACAGGAUCCUGAUCACGACGAAGUAAUGAGUGCAAUGGUCGAUCAUGUCAUGGAUGACAGCGAAAGCGACGAAGUGCGCGAUAUUGUUGACAAACUGCAGCAACAUCACCAGCAGCAACAGCAGCAGCAGCAACAACAACAGCAUCACCAUCAGCAGCAGCAGCAGCAACAACAACAGUUGCAGGCGCAGCUGCAGGAUGUGGUACAAUUGACGCCGCAUUCAUUUAUGCCACAAGCGCACAGCAGCGAUUUUGCCAAUGAGCUUACCCACGAGUUGCUGUGCGAUGCUGCUGUGCCGAUGUCCGCUGCUGAAAUGGAGGUCUCCAGCACUGUCAUCACGAACAGCAGCAACAGCAAUGACAGCAGCAACAAUUUGAGCCUGUGCAGCAGCAGCAGCAGCAACAUUACCAUCAAUCAACAGCUAACCCAGCCAGCAACAACGGCAGCGGUUGCUGCUGCUGCACCUGCACAAGCACCUCAGCAGCAGCAGCAGCAGCAACGUCAAAUUUUGGUUGAUUCAAAUGGACAGAUUAUUGGGAACUUUUUGCUGCAGCAACAACAGCAGCAGCAGCAACAGCAACAACGUCAGCAGCAGCAGCAACUGCAACAACAACAGCAGCUAUUGCAGCAGUUUACACUGCAAGCAGCCGCACAACAGCAACAACAGCAGCAGCAGGCAACCAGCAGCAAUGCGUUGCAGAAAACACAUCAAUCUCUGCCAGUUGCUGCGUUGCGCAAACCCUUUGAGAUCAACAGCAAUGGUGCACAGCAGUUUCUAACGCCCAAUUUGCUGGCUCAGCAACAACAGCAGCAGCAACUUGAACAGCAGCAGCAGAAACAACAACAAUUACAGCAGCAAUAUGCGCUGCAGGCGCAACUGCACCAGCGACAACUGCUCGCGCAGGCGGCCAACAACAAUCUGCUGCAGCAGCAGCAACUACAGCAACAACAACAGCAAAGCUACCAGCAGCAACAGCAGCAGCCGCCCAAAUUCAUAGCAAAGCCAUUGAAUAUAAUUUCCAUGACAAGAACCGCAAAUGCGUCGCCCAACACAGUAGCAGCAGCAGCAGCAACACCAGCAGCAGUUGUGGCAACAGCAGCAGCUGCAGCAGCCGUAAAUAAUCCACAGAUUCCGUCCACCUAUGCCAAUGUGGUUGUACAGCAACAACAGCAGCAGCAGCAGUCGGCAACAGCUAAUCACAACAGCAAUUUGCAACAGCAACCAUUGCAGCUGCCCGUUGUGCCUGUGAACAAUGUGCUAACAAUGAAAACAUUGCCACCAUCGGGCAUACCAACAACGAUUGCCCAACAGCGAUUGCAGCCAAAGAUGCCAACGGGGAAGGGACGCAAGGCGACCACAAAUCGUUUGCCACCAGGUGCUGUGAAUUUGGAGCGCAGCUAUCAAAUCUGCCAGGCGGUCAUCCAGAACAGUCCGAAUCGUGAGAACCUCAAGGCACAACUGCGUCCCCCAGCGGCCAUACUCAAUCAGCAGCAACAGACGACAGCAGCAACAACCGCUGUGAGCAGCAGCAGUAACAGCAAUGCAACACUCAAUGUAUCCACGGUGGCAGCCACGCCACUGAGUAACCUGAGCACCGUGGCCAGCAAUGUGACAGUUGCAGCUACUGCUGCACCACCACCCGUACAAAAUCUGCUCAAACAGGAGGAGCUGCUGGUGAGUGGUGCAGCUGCUGUUGCUGCGGCUGCUGCGCCAGCAGUUCUGCCCGCCGGCAUGCCGCCCAAUGUGAUGGGCGUGGGCAGACCAGGAGUGUACAAGGUGAUUGGCCCACGGAUGACGGGCUUUCCGCGCAAGAAGUAUGUGCAGCGCAAGCCAUCGCCGACGACCGUGAUAAGGCACAUGUUGACAGCGGCGCCGGGAGUGGCGUCAAGUGGAGGCGCGCCACAGCAGCAGCUGCAGCAGCAGGUGACGCAACAGCAACAACAGCAGCAACAGGGGCAGGCAGCAGCAGCGCAACAGGAGCAGCUACUCCAUCAGAAUGGAACGGGUCAAUAUGUGCUGGUGCAUCGGGCCACUGUUGGUGCCGCUGACAAUCAGGCGCCGCGUGCUUCCAGUGCGCCGCCACUGCAUCAGAAUCAGUUUGUCACUGUGCAGAAUCCGUUGCAUGGCUUGAAUGGCAUUACGAUGGGCGGACGCGGGCGUCCGGCUUCUGUGGACAACAACAAUAGCGCUGGCAAUGGUGCCACAAAUGAUGCACUGCAUCAUCAUCAUGACUUUCAGCAGGUGCAGCAACAGCAGCAGCAGGUGCAACAACAACAGCAACAACAACUGGGCAAUGUGAAUGCGGCCGCGAAUAUUGUGCGGCGCAAUAUUGCUGCAGGCACCAAUAUCACCUACAUUGACGGCAGCAGCAGCAACAACAACAACAGCAGCUCGGCAACACUGAUCGAUGCCAGCAACAAUUACAUAGUGACGACGACAGCAGCAGCAACAACAACAGCAGCAGCAGGUGGCGGUGCAGCCAAUCAGCAACAAGCAGCAACACAGCAGCAGCAUCAGCAACAUGCUCUACUGCAAUUGCAGCAACAAAGUGGAGAGAAUACGCCGCCCGGCAACAACGAGGCAACAAACAACAGCUGCGCCUGUGCCUUGAACGCAAUGGUGAUUUGCCAGCAGUGCGGCGCCUUCUGCCAUGACGAUUGCAUCAGUGCGUCGAAGCUGUGCGUUUCGUGUGUGAUCAGAUGAGAGAUAAGCGGUGCGCCGUUGCAACUUGAAAACGUAUUAUAGUUAUAUAUAUAUAUAUAUUACAUAUAUAUAGAGUUUAUCCCUAUUUAGAUGCAAUGACUUAUAUAGCAUACAUACAUAUAUAAUUAUUAUGUAUUGUUUAGCGUGCGUGUCCCAAGGCAACUUGUGAAUCGAUGUUGAUUUCCCGUUAUCGUUACUUUUCUACUUUCUACAAAUCACGUGUCAGAGUUAGAAGGAAACCGUUUAGUGCAGAGGCUUGUGCGCACACACACACAUACAUCCACACACUGCUAGAAGGCAAGCCAUCAUGUAUAUGUACAUUAAAUGUCAUUCGCAAGGAAAGUCUACACACACAUUGUAAAGUCUACACAAAAACACAUACACACAUUACAAACACACCAUUUGUAUAAAGCAUAACUAAGAAACGAAACGAAAUGAAACGAAAAAACUA